AUGUCUACAGAAAAGGGCCCUGUCUCUCUCCAGGACGAACAACACCCUCCCACGAGCUUGAAGACAUUAAGCGAGCAAGAUGCAGCAGCCAACGAGGCCCAACGCGUCGAGACAACCUUGACAGCAAAGCAGGCAUUUUCUUACUACUACAAGGCUGUGGCUUGGAGUGUAGCAAUGUCCAUGUCAACAAUCAUGGAAUCCUACGGGUUGCUCCUCAUGAAUUCAUUUUUCGCCUUUCCCCAAUUCCAGAAGAAGUACGGAGUCCAGCUACCCAAUGGUUCAUACUCUGUCCCGGCUAAAUGGCAGCUGGCACUUACUAUCACCAGUAAUAUUGGACUGAUAAUUGGCGUGUUCGCCAAUGGCUACUGCGCCGAUCGAUGGGGUUUGAGAAAAGUCAUGCUCACCUCACACGUUUUCUUCGCGGGCUUCGUGUUCAUCAACUUCUUCGCUGAAGAUGUCGAAACUCUUGUCGUCGGAACCCUCUUGAUAUCCAUUCCAUGCGGCUUCUUCGCAGCAGCGACUCCAUCCUACGCAGCCGAGGUGUCACCAUUACGAUUAAAUGGAUAUCUGACAGUCUAUGUCAAUCUUUGUUGGGUUAUGGGAAAGAUGAUCUCUUUUGGCGUUCUUACCUCGAUGCUUAAAAACCCGACAGAGUGGUCUUAUCGCAUCCCCUUUGCUAUCCAGUGGGGCUGGCCUCCGUUCAUGCUCAUCGCCACAUAUCUUGCACCUGAGUCACCAUGGUGGCUAAUCAGGAAUGGCCGUGCUGAAGAAGCCGAGAAGAAUCUUCGACGUCUAUGCUCUGCACCUAGUGAUGUCAUCGAUCCAAAGAACACAAUUGCAAUGAUGACUCGUACAAUUGAGACAGAGCGAGACAUGAAUAUUCAAGGAUCAUACCUCGAUUGCUUCCGAGGGGAGAAUUUGCGACGAACUGAGAUUGCUAUGAUCAGUUGGGGUUGCCAGAUCCUUCCAGGUUUCGCAAUCCAAAACUACAUCACCUACUUCUUCACCCUUGCGGGACUCUCUUCGGGUGACUCGUUCAAGCUUUCACUGGGAAAUGCCGGUCUCGCAUUUGUUGGCACAGUUUCGUCGUGGUUCAUGAUGACUCGUUUCGGUUGGCGCACACUUUACAUAGGAGGGCUAUGUGCCAUGUUACCAAUUAUGAGCCUUGUGGCUUUCCUUGAUCUUGCACCACAUGGCAAAGACAACAUCCGUUGGGCUCAGUCUGCUCUUCUCCUCAUUUGGUUCUUCUGUUACGGCAUCUCAAUUGGUCCCAUCCCAUACGGUAUUGCGGCGAAUGUCGGUGCUUCCAACCUUCGAGUAAAGACGAUCUCACUGGCCCGAAACACCUAUUAUUUUCUAUCCAUCAUCAACGUCAUUGUGGCACCGUAUUUGUUGAACCCUCAAGAAGCAAAUUUGAAGGGAAAGGCUGCUUUCCCUGCUGCCGGCUUGACUAUCCUUCUUCUUAUCUGGACUUACUUCAGGUUGCCCGAAGUGAAGGGGCUCACUGCCGAGACUCUAGACCACCUUUUUGAGAAUAAGGUGUCAGCUAGAAAGUUCAGACUUGCAGCAAAUGAGUAUCAGUAG